CGAGCGGAGUUCAAAUGUCAUACGGCACCUGCUGCGCUGCGCUGAUGCUGGUUAUCCUCGAAUUCCACCUUUGUGACUCAUAUACAUCCUCUGUACGUUCUUCAAGGCGGUCGCAGCUCACUCAAACGAACUUAGGACAAUUUUGAUACAGAGAACCCAAUGAAACUUUCAGUUAUAUCCUGUCUUGUGGCUGGUGCCAGUCUCGUCAGCGCUGUCCCUAUGCGCGUCGUGAUGCUCACCGGCAGCAGUGACGGAAAUGCAUCUCCCGCAAUUCGCUUUGGCCAUCCAGGGGUGGCGCACGAAGAUGCUGUUGUACCGACCAGCAUGCCCGCAGUAACUCACGGACGACCCUGCGGCGGAGGAAGACGCUUCCGGGAAAAGGCUGUCAAACUCUCCAAUUCUUUCCGUCAGGCCCUUGGCUUGCCUCUCAUCGAAUCUGACCCCAAAGCCGAUACUACUGUUCAUGGUGGCGUGGUCAGGAUCAUGCCUUUCAUCGGUGGUCCACCCACCAUUGUUCAGCUCAAUGAGACCGGCGAUGAGGGCAAGACGAGGGGCGGUGACCGUGUGAAGGUUGUCAAUGCCCUUCCUGUUGCGCACGGCCACCACCGUCACCAUAGGAUGCGCCUGAACUCUCAGGAGUCGUUCACCUCUCGCCUUCACUACGCCUUGAUGAUGCUCGGUCCCUGGGAGGGCAGGGCUGUUGCCUUUGUUCUCGGAUGCGGAAUUGGUGUCCUUCUCCGCAUGAUCUGGGUACUCGCCCUUGUCUCCUACCGUGCCUUCAAGGGUGAGCGUGAGACCGAUGAGUAUUCUCACCUUCAGUACGGCAACGCUGAGGAGAUCAUCGUUGCACCCCCCACCUACAUCUAUGUUGACGAAAAGGCUCCUGUUAUUUUUGAUGCUGAUGCGGAUACGAAGCAAACUGAGGAGGAAGCGAAAUAGGCACUCCCACCAACAUUCAUUCACUCUUCUCUUUUCUAAUUGUUCCAUACUUCUUCUACGGACGGACCUCAUAAGUUACGAUACUUUGUACUUCAGCCACCCAUCUAAUGGGUAACCGACCCGACGUAGUGUAUCAUGUUUAUCUCGAGUAGAUUCCCAAGUGGAGUGCAUACUAUCCAGUUGCUAUAUAAGUGCUUUUGGGCACAUUAACGUUGAAUCGGGGAAGAGGACA